AUGUCGUUCAACUACUCGUCGAUUAUUGAUGUUGGUAUAUCUCCUGAUGAUCCUCUAUUUUGGCGUCUUCCAACGCCUAGUGAUUGCAAAACAAUACGAAUCAUUGGUAUAUUCUUAUGUCUUGCUGCUUAUACUGGUUUUAUUCUCAAUGGUUCUCUUCUUAUAAGUUUUCUUCGACAUAAAGCAUUGCGUACACCACCCAAUAUUUUCAUUAUGUUUAUGUCAGGUAUUGGUCUUUUUGCUUGUUGUGCUAAUCUUCCACUAACGGGCACUUCAUCGAUAUUUUGUUACUGGUUAUACAAUCGUGCUGGAUGUCAAAUUGAAGGUUUUGCUGCAUUUCUUUAUGGAUGUUCGAGUUGUUAUCUACUUUGCACAGUAAGUCUUAGUCGAUGUUACAUUAUUGUAAGACCAUUCAAUGCCAAAGAUGUUACUGUUAUGAAAUGCAUUAUUAUUGCAAUCAUGGCUAUAUUGAUUGCACUCGUUAUAACUAUAUUACCACUCGUUGGAUGGAAUGAAUAUACUUUGGAAGGAACUCGUACAUCAUGUUGUACGAAUUUGCAUGACCGACGUUCUUCAUAUAUUGCGUAUAAUUUGUUUAUUUUUGUCGUUGUUUAUUGUCUACCGUUGACUAUUCUUGUCAUAACAAAUACAAUUAUUUACAUAGGACUUAGACGUAUGCGCGAGAAAAUUGCACAUGGUGCCAAGGCAGAAUUAAGUCAAAAACGAAUUGAAAUGGAACGACGUAUUCUAAAAAGUAUUAUAAUGACGGUGUUUGGCUUUGUUUUCACUUGGACACCAUAUACAGUAACAUUCUUCAUUUCGGCAUUCAGUAGAAGUAAUUAUACUGUACCACCAAUGGCUACAUUUAUUUGCUCUUGCUUUGCUAAAACAUCUGUUAUGUGGAUUCCAUUUCUUUAUAUGAGUACAUCCACUCAAUUUCGAUUAAGUUUGGUAGAUAUUGCCGCAUUAGACAGGUUGUCUGCAACUACUACAGCUGCAGGAGAAGCACCAAAGGCAACUACUGCAGUUCGUCAAACUGGAAAAAAAUCAAUAUCUCCCGAUAAUGUAUCUAAUGACAAAGAUAUUGCUACCAUUGGCAAGUAA